AUGCCUUCCGACGACUUGAUCGACUUCGAGAUCAUCGAAAACCAGAAGGAAAACAUCCAGUCUCUCCCGAGCGGCCGCUCAGCCAAAGCUCUCGCACAACUAUACUCUCCUCCGCUCUCCUUAGGGUCCUUGAAGACACCUCCUCCAUCCCAUACUCAGGACCUCAACAACGCGAUACGGCAGGAGUAUGAGAAGGAGCUUCUGACGAUCGACGACUCCGACGACCCUCUGGACAUUUACGACCGCUAUGUGAAGUGGACCCUCGACGCAUACCCAUCGGCACAAAACACGCCGCAGUCGCAGCUAUCGACCCUCCUAGAACGAGCGACCAAGGCCUUCCAGGGCUCCACGCACUACAAGAACGACCCUCGCUAUCUGAAGCUGUGGCUGCAUUACAUCCGAUUGUUCUCGGACGCGCCACGCGAGACUUUUGCAUACCUUGCAAGACACAACAUUGGCGAUGGUCUAGCGCUAUUCUAUGAGGAGUUCGCCUCAUGGCUGGAGAAUGCGGGGCGUUGGACGCAGGCGGAAGAAGUCUACAAGCUGGGACUGGAGCGAGAGGCACGACCCACAGAGAGAUUGAUGCGCAAGUUUGGGGAGUUUGAAAACAGGUUCGCGGCCCGGCCGCAAGACGUUGCGGAGCCCAGCAGCCCAGCGCUACCGACAGUGCGUCCAGCGUUGGCAGCAAAGAUCGACCCUUUUGCCCACACAUCGUCUCCGAUAGACCCACAAGCUCAGAGUCGUGCCGGGAGCAGCACAGGUGCGUCGAGGACUGGCCGACAGAAGUUGGCGAUCUUUUCGGAUGGAGACGAAGCAGCGAAACCAGGAUCAAGUGGGAGCACGAAGGGAUGGGACAGUAUCGGAUCUCUGGCAGACCGGAAGAAGGAGAACACAGUCGGAGCGAAGCCCUGGGCAGGGGAGACACUGAAGGCCGGCAAGAAGAACGCGGGAGUUCCCAAGAUGAUGAUAUUCAAGGACGAGGUGAAUUCCUCAAAACAACCCAAAUCGCACCCACUGCGUGAUCAACAACAGAGCGUCAACCCGAAAACAGGACGAACAGAAUGCGUCUUCGUCAACCUGGAGCUCGUAUAUCCAAAUGCUGACGAUCCUUCGGCCGCUGAGUUCUCAUUCGAAGAGCUGAGAGCUAAACAUAGGGGUUGGCUGGAUUAUGAUUGGGGCGCCAUCCGCAAGAAGGAAGCGGAGCAAAUGUCUCAGCAUACUAACUCUAAGGCUCGGAAAGAUACGUUGACGAAAAAGCCAACAAUUGGAGUAGAAGUCAUUACAGCAGGUAUCGAAGAGAACCUCGUUUUAAACGACGAGAAUACCCCCCCCUCUCAAGUUCAUGUCGAGAAGGUUUCAGUGGCCAAGAAGAUGCGCAGAGAGGAGAAAGCCAAUCGGACUAGAAAGAUCAAGGUCAUGGAAGUUCGAGCAGAGCCUCAAACAGUUCAAACUAAUUUGGCAUCGCCGACUGGACCCAAGCUGCGAAAGAAGAGGAAUGCCGAACCUACAAUGACGUUCCACACUAAAGAAGCGAUGGAUGAGAUCUAUGGAAUAUUCAACCAACCCCUCAAGACAGACGGUGACUCAGCAGCCGAGUCAGAAAGCGGCGAGGAUAGCGACGAUGACGACGACUAUACGAGUGCUGGAGAGAGUACUGGUACCGGCCGAAUUUCAGGCACUACCAGCGAAUUUGGAGAUGAAACUACAGGAGUCGACUUCACGACUAAAACCACGAUGGAUGACGAAGAAGAUGAGGCAGAUGAGACCGAGAUAAAGAGCGUUUCGGAAUGGUCGGAGUUCACGGCGAGCAAGCAUAUCCCCGAUGGCGAAAAUCCUGACCAGAUUGGUAGUGAGAACGAGCACACCGACGACGAGUCGUGGGAAGCUCUUCGCGAGGCACAUCUGAAUGCACAGGGGAUCAAUCAGGAACUCGUAACGCCCACCUCUCCAGACAUCGGAUCAGUGUCUUUGCCAACGCGCUUCGUCCCUAUCCCACCAGAGGGCUGCGAUGUUCCGACUCGCCCUUUCCGAGAUCCUACGCAGGUUGCUCACAAUCGAUUACCUUUCAUGACACCCAUCGUGGAGAAGACGGAAUCGUCGAUAGGAGCAGCAACUGCACGUUCCCAAAAGGAUUACUUCUCUGUUAAAACUCCGUCGCGGUCCAAGGGUGCUUCGGCAAUCCUUGAGGAUGACGGUGAACCCUGGAGUAGCCCUUUCCAGGAUGUCUUAGAAGAGGCUCUUAAGAAAUCAGCGAAGAUCCCUCAACCUGCACUGGGAGAGCGAAAGAAGGAAUCGAAACAGCCUCUGGGAACUUCAAAGGCUCGACCUCUAGCAAAAAAGACCGUGGAGGCGAAAGAGUCGGUUCAAAAGGGGCCAAUCAUUAAGGAUGCUCAAUGCAAUCCCGUGGACGAAGGCAUCCGGGAAAUCAUUCUCAGUCAAAUCCAGCCACCACUGUCUUCUUACGAAGGCUAUUCUGAAGACAAGGACAAGGCUUUCGGACGAGGUGCUGAGAUUCGGAAAUUUACCAAGGCUGUCAGUAAGAUGAACAAAAACGCAAACGACAAGACGGCAACGAAUCUCAUGAUGCCUCCUGCCCUGCAGUUGAAGGGCUCGGACAGAGCCUACGCCGUCAGGCGAGAACUCGGCAAAGGAGCCUUCGCGCCUGUCUACCUCGUUGAAAGCUCUCCUGUGGACGAGGAAGAUGACGAGGAGAAGCCUGUGAUGAUGGGCAAAGGAGACUUCGGCGUAAAACGACAACCUCUUGAAGCGAUCAAGAUGGAAGACCCACCAUCGGCAUGGGAGUUCUAUAUGCUCCGCCAGGCGAAACGCCGUCUUGGCGUUUCGCGCCCUGCAGACUCUGUCGUCUACGCAUACGAGAUGCACAUGUUCCAAGAUGAAGGCUUUCUGGUCGAAGAAUUCCGCGACCAAGGCACCCUACUCGACCUUGUCAACAUCGCGCGCGCCGAAACAAACGGCAGUGGAGGCAUGGAAGAGCAGAUGGCCAUGUUCUUCAGCAUCGAACUCUUCAGGACCGUCGAAGCUCUACAUGCUAAAGGUAUCAUCCAUGGCGACCUCAAGGCGGAUAAUAUCCUUGUGCGACUCGAGAGCCUCGCACCGGACGCUUACUGGACCUCGCAAUACCAGCACGACGGGCGCGAUGGAUGGGCGGCUAAAGGCGUGUCGCUCAUUGACUUUGGUCGUGGGAUUGACAUGAAGGUCUUCAAGCCGGAUGUCCAGUUCAUCGCGGACUGGAAGACUUCAGAAGGGGAUUGUGCUGAGAUGCGCGAGCUACGGCCGUGGACGUACCAAGUUGAUUAUCACGGUCUCGCGGGGAUCGUGCAUAGUCUGCUGUUCGGGAAGUACAUCGAGACGGUUGCCGAGCGGGGCGGGACGCUUGGGGCUGGUGCUACGAAGACGUACCGAAUCCGUGAGAGCCUGAAGAGGUACUGGCAGACGGAAAUCUGGAGUGAGAUGUUGGACCUGCUACUCAAUCCCCUGAUGCAUCUGGAGGGCGAGGAGGGAAGGAAGCUGCCUGUGCUGAAGGGGAUGAAGGCGGUGCGGGAGAGGAUGGAAGCUUGGCUGGAGGCGAAUUGCGAGAAAGGGGUCGGCUUGAAGGCUAUGGUGAGGCGUAUGGAGACGGCGGUGAAGGAGAGGAAGAAGUGA